CCAAGGGAUCGCGACCCACAUUUUACAAAACACAGACCAGUAAAUACAUUGAUCCACUGUUAAUGUCCUGCACUGUACCCAGUUCCACGUAUGCUGCUCAAUUCAUAUAUUUCAAGGCAGACAAGUUAGCAACGUCUAUAUGAGUAAAUAAUUAAUACGUUUAUUUUCUAGACAUCCUUAUCUCACAUAUCACGAGAGUGAAUGAUUUGUUAUGUAAACAUUUAUCAGCGAAUUUGAUAUGAUAUUCAGUAGAACAAAACAGUUUGUUUCGAAUGACUGUAGGAAAUAUGGGUGGCGCGGAUUGUAUAAAAAACCUCCCAGAUUUACUGAAGAACUACUUGGGGCCAAAUAAAAUUAUAAAGGAUACUAAAAUCAGCAGACUCACAGCACCAGGAGAAAACUAUGGCAGCAUUAUGCUCAAACUCGACAUUACACUGCUCAACAUCGAAAACGGUACUCAAGAAAUAUUGCACACUGUUGCAAAAACGCUGCCAGAGUUGGAAAUGUUCAGAGAAAUAUUCAACGUUCAGAUUACUUAUCGCAACGAAAUGGCUUUCUACGAAAUUAUUGUUCCUAAUGUGCAAGAUUUUCAAAAACGACUGGGAGUAUCUGAUGUAGUCGACUAUUUUUGUAAGUGCAUAGCAACCAGGAAAAACUUGGAUGGGAGUGAUAAGAUAGACGAUGAUGCUGUAAUUGUUCUGGAAAAUUUGAUGGAACUUGACACAGAACCACUGGAAUGCGAUUUGAGCGAGGAAGAAUUGGCAGAAGAAAGUCUGGACGAAGCAAGCAGCAACCGUCCUAGAAAAACUAGACGAUGUCGAACAACUUACACGACUCAUCAGCUAUAUGUGUUAGAGGAAACUUUCAAAACCAUUCAGUAUCCAGACGUUUUCACUAGAGACGAAUUGGCUGAGGCGCUGAACCUCACUGAAGCCAGAGUUCAGGUUUGGUUUCAGAACCGCCGCGCCAAAUGGAGAAAAUGCGAGAAGGCAGCAGAAAGAGAAACGGCCUCCUACAUUAACCCUGGCGAUCAUCGCCUGAUAGACCAUGGACAGCAAAUCCCGGCAGUGAACUUACACUCGAUGGCUAAUGGCCACUCUUGGCCCCCUUUGUCAUUUGCACCAAUGUUCCUUCCAUCUGGGGGAUGCCCCUGGGCUCACACAGUUCCAAAUUUCCACAACUUGUAUUCCCAGUAUGUACUAGCGGGGGGUGUUCCCCUUUUCAGCCUCUCCAACUCCGCUGUUCCUGAAGAAAGGUGGGCUAGUUUCUGUCCUAAAUUCCCCCCUCCCUUGCAGCUAUCUCCCGCAGCUUCAGGUGCUCUCACUGGAUGCAGGAGAUAUUAAUGAAGCCCAAGUUGCUGUAAACGUGCCUCGCCAAUUUGUAAACUGUGGGCAGAUUUCAUUAAAGUGUAAUAAAGCCGGUGAGAUGUUUUGUGCUCUGACCUUUCGUGAUGGAUUUCUCUGAUCUUCGGGGCAGUUCAUACAUUCUUUUUCAACUGGUGCAGCUAAAUUCGACAUCCUUCUUUGGUGAAUGAAACUCAUAGAACGAGAAACGGUGCUGUGGAAGCUGACUAUGACGACAUAGUGAAAUUGCAAAUCGGACUGUGACAUUACAGAGCAUUCUUUGAAUGUCUCUGCCCGCUUUUAUGGUCACCAAGUGACGCAAAAGUUCAAUUAAUAUAUUUUACUUUACUGAAUCUACAGAUCUGUUGAUAUUUAUUGUAUUCUGAUAUGUUCGAAUAUGAUGAUCACCC